AUGCUCUACACUGUUUUGUCCGUGCUUAGCCAAAUCUAUUGCGAUGGACCAAUACUUAGGACGGUGCAGGAUUCGUUUAUGUUCCCAGAUUCGAAGCAUUUCGUCGAUAUGUCGCUCAAGUUCGAUCCAAUUGCAACAUUGAGGAACUUCGACGAACUCGGCGAUAAAACGAAAGAUAUCGCUGUACUCAGAGAGUUUGUAAAUUCCCAUUUUAAUCCGCCGGGAAGCGAACUCGUUGAGUGGUUCCCUCGCGAUUGGGUCGAUUUUCCCUCAACAUUUCUGAACAUACACGAUUAUCAUCACCGACGAUGGGCGCUCCAUUUACAUCGAAUUUGGAGAGAUCUGUGCAGACGGGUACGCGACGAUGUUCGUAGACAUCAGGAUCAUUACUCACUCUUAUAUGUACCUCAUCCUUUCAUUAUACCUGGUGGACGAUUCAGAGAAUUCUAUUAUUGGGAUUCGUUUUGGAUAUUGAAAGGCCUUAUUUUCUCAGAGAUGUACGAAACAGCAAGAGGAAUUAUCAGAAAUCUCGCGUUUAUGGUCGAUAACCAUGGAUUUGUGCCAAAUGGUGGCCGUGUAUACUAUCUCACACGUUCCCAGCCACCGCUUUUAAUUCCAAUGGUUUAUGACUACUUCCUUGGUACUGGCGAUUUGGAUUUCGUCAUGGAGGUGCUACCAACCCUUGAAAAAGAAUAUCUGUUUUGGAUAAAACAGAGAUCUCGAAUUUACAAAGAUGAAAAUGGCACUGAAAAAUUCCCGUACUAUCAGUAUAGAGCGACGCUGAAAGUUCCACGACCAGAAUCGUAUCGUGAGGACUACGAAAUGGUUCAUCACCUACAAAAGGAUGAAGAGAAGACGAAAAUGUGGUCGGAAAUUGCAUCGGCGGCCGAAACGGGUUGGGACUUUUCCACGAGAUGGUUUGCUCAAGAUGGUGAAAACAAACACUCCAUGAAGAGUAUCAGGACGUGGAGCAUUGUCCCAGUCGAUCUGAAUGCGUUUAUGUGCGUAAAUGCUCGAAUCCUGGCUAGUCUGUUCGAAAUCAGAGGGGACUUCAAGAAAGUCGCUUUCUAUCAGCAACGUUAUGAAUUGGCAAAGCGUGAAAUGAAAGAGAUUCAUUGGAAUGAGACAGAUGGAAUAUGGUAUGACUACGACCUUGAGAAGAAGGUUUGUUGGAAAGUUGUCAAUAAUGAACUGAAAAGAUUGGGAAUCAAAGUAGUCGCCGACCGCUUGUCCAAGGUGGUCGUAGUUGACGAACUGUUUUUUUUUUGA